UCGGCUUCUUCCCCUUCCCCCGUGGCCUGCCCCGGUAACGGGUUCCGGAGUUUGAGACUACUAAGUUCAACGAAACGAUUAACGGACACCCCAACGUCUAAGAGAAGUUUCCCCAAACAGCGUCCCUCCGGCAAGGUCUCACGUCUUCUUUUCCCGGCGCAGCUCAGGUGCGCGGAGCCGCAGGCGCGUGCUCGGGUGCGUGCUCGGGCGCGCGCCGCCCCGCGUUCACGCCGCCGAGCCCGGCCCCGCCGGCCCGCCUCCCCGCGCGUGCUGCUCUAGCUCCCAUUUGAGCGGUCUGUGGAUCCCGCAGUCGUCCGAGGACCCCCACCCUCACCCCCCGGGAAUCCCCAGAGUCUGAGGAGACCGAGGCAACUGGAGAGAGCCGGGAGUAGGGCUGGCCCUGCGCGCCCGGGAAGCCGAAGUGUCAAGGCAGCAAUUUCCGUGAGGGAGCGCGGGCUGAGCGAGUUGGGGUCCCGACUCGAGCUCGGGCUCCGGACCCCGACUUGUGGGCCAGGCCUGCCAGCCGCUGUCGCACCCGAUCUGAGACAUGGCCACUCCGCUUCUGCCCGCGGGGGCCACCACGGGCGACAGUGGUGGAGAGCUGAGCUCAGGGGACGACUCUGGGGACAUGGAGACCGACCCGUCCAGGACCCUGGCCGAGCUGUUUGAGAAGGCUGCCGUGCACCUCCAGGGCCUGGUUCAGGUGGCCAGCAGGGAGCAGCUGUUGUACCUGUACGCCAGGUACAAGCAGGUCAAAGUUGGGAAUUGCAAUACUCCUAAACCAAGCUUCUUUGAUUUUGAAGGAAAGCAAAAAUGGGAAGCAUGGAAAGCACUUGGUGACUCAAGCCCCAGCCAAGCAAUGCAGGAAUAUAUUGCAGCAGUUAAGAAAUUAGAUCCAGGUUGGAAUCCUCAGAUACCAGAGAAGAAAGGAAAAGAAGCAAAGAGUGGUUUUGGUGGGCCAGUUGUUAGUUCUCUAUAUCAUGAAGAAACCAUCAG